AUGAGCUCGGAAAUUCGUGUGCCCGAUUUAAAGGACUACGGCCUGAGUGGCGAGACCGGGUUUUUGCCUGCUGAGUUUCCAGUGACGAGACUGUCCGAUCCAUACUAUGAAAAAUGGGAAUAUGUGGUUAACAAAUUGCCUUCGCUGCUGCUUUCGAAGUGCAUUAGAACCGUGGUGGAUCAUUUGCCAGUUUUGGAGGUGAAAAAAUCACUUUUGGAAAAUAUUCCGGAGCUGAGAAGAGCAUAUUCCGUUCUCUGUUUUAUCACCAACGCUUACGUGUGGGGCUACGAUGAGCCGUCAGAAGUCCUGCCGGACAACAUCGCGAGUCCACUUCUGAUAAUAAGCAAAAAACUUGGGCUACCUCCACUGGCCAGCUAUGCCUCUUUGAUUCUUUGGAACUAUCAACCAAUCAUUGAUGACAAAGAUUUUGUGGAUGACGUGAUGGAACUGCAAAACUUAACCACUAUCAACACUUUUACCGGUGGGAUAGACGAAAGCUGGUUUUACCUGGUGAGCGUUUUUUUCGAGAAAACUGGCGGCCAGUGUCUCGAAUCGGGAUUGGAAGCCAUUCGAGCCUCGAGAGACGGCAACUCUGCAAAGCUGCGUUUUGCCUUGGAAAAAGUGGCGCAGGGAAUUGACGAACUGGGCUCUAUACUCAUGCGAAUGGAGGAAAUGUGCGAUCCACACGUGUUUUACUACCGCAUCAGGCCCUACCUGGCCGGCUGGAAGAACAUGGAGGAUGUGGGCUUGCCCAAUGGUAUUCGUUACGGGACCUCUGGGGAGUACCAACAAUAUGCUGGUGGUUCUAAUGCUCAAAGUUCACUCAUUCAAGCCCUAGAUAUAAUGUUGGGUGUCGAACAUUUUGCUGCGGGCCAUAAAAAACCUCAACAAGACGCCAUAUCAGCAAAAACAGCUAGCAAUUCUUUCAUCAAUGGGAUGAGAAUGUACAUGCCUCGAGAGCACAGAGAAUUUCUUGUCCAUCUUCAAUUGGUGAGUAAUGUCAGAGAUUAUGUGCUGUCGCAUAAAUCGGACCAGAAAUUAAUACUGGCGUAUGACGCAUGUCUUGCUAUGUUGAAGUCUUUCCGCGAUAAGCACAUUCAAAUUGUGACUCGCUAUGUUGUUCUGCAAGCUAACAAGAAACCUCUACCGGGCAAGAGUAAGAUUUUAAGAAGCGGUCUUUCGAAAGGACAAGGUAAAAAGGUGCAGCAAGGCACUGGUGGAACUUCUCUGAUUCCUUUUCUCAAGCAAUGCAGGGAUGAAACAGGUAGCGUUGCUGCCAGCGAUUGGGGUAAAAAGAUGUUAAGCACUGGGGUAUUGCAGGUCCAGAGCUCGAGCACCAUUGUGGGAAUUCGUAAGCAGCGGUCAAACGACGAGGAUUUGGAGCAAGACUCCAAGAAGAGACCUAAGUUGGGUCUUGCAGGCGAUUGGAGCUCUGCUGCCGAAGAUGAUGGCGGCGAAAUCGUGAGUCGCUCUGGAGGACAUUGGUGA